AUGGGCAAUGCAUCGCAGAGACCAGAAGGCGGCGACAAGGCAUCAGUCCGCGAGACAGCUCCGGCUGAACCGGAGAAGCCCCGGGAGGACAUCCGGGAUAAGUACGAGCUGGGGAAGGUUCUCGGGAGCGGUUCAUUCGGCCAGGUGCGGGAAGCAAUUCUAAAGGAACUUCCCGACAAGGUCAGAGCCGUGAAGAUUAUUGAGAGGGAUGAUGAUGCAGAGGGUGGCGGUGAGUGGAGCAACAGCGCCAUGUUCCGGCAGGAGGUGGCAUUGCUCCAGAACCUGAAGCAUGACAAUAUUGUCCGCUUCUGGGACGUCUAUGAAGAUGUGCACUUCCUGUACGUCGUGAUGGAUCUCUGUCGCGGAGGGGAGGUGUUUUCGAAAAUCCUAGAGCUGCGGAGAUUCACAGAAGCGAACGCAGCAACUUUAGGGUCCCAAAUGCUGGCAGCCAUCGCUUACAUCCAUAGCAAGAGCAUCAUGCACCGCGACAUCAAGGCGGAGAAUUUUUUGCUUUCCGACAAAUCGCCAACCUCGGUCGUCAAAAUGAUCGACUUUGGGAUGGCCGUGAAGUUUGACCAUGGAAUUUGGUUUAAGGAGAUCUGUGGCUCUCCUCACUACUUAGCUCCGGAGCUGAUCGGCCAGAAAUACAACCAGAUGGUCGACAUGUGGGCCUUUGGCGUCCUGAUGUACCUGCUCAUGUACGGCCACUAUCCGUACGACUCCAAAAACACGCGGGACAUCAUGAUGAAG